AUGUCCUCCUCAAGCACGACGGGUCGGUCACCCUCUGCCUCGGCCAAAGCAGACAAGAACAAAAAGCAAGUCAAGAUUGUAAUACUCAAGCUGUCACCCAAAAUCCUCCGUCGUUUCGAGGACCCUCCAGCCCAUUCGGAAGAGCAGGCUACGCCCUCAUCAGCCUCAUCUCCCCCUGCUGCAGUCGAGGAAACUUCUACUUUGAAAGUCCCUGAGGUCAAUGACAAUGCUUCCGAGGCCGCCUCGACCCCGGCUCCCACACCUGGUGAUGCAGCCGAUACCUCCAAUGGUGACGGCUCGAAGAAGCGCAAAGGAGGUUCAUUGGCAGGCAUUAAGAGAAGUCUAGGACAAAUGUUUGAUGUGAACGGACUACCGAAACCUCGGGGCAAGCCUGGUCCCAAAAAGAAACCCAGACUUGAAGACGGCACCAUUGAUCAUGGCGCCGCAAAAGGCUCGACUAUGGCUGGCAUCGCUGCUGGACACAAGCUGGGUCCAAAGGCUAAUCAAGGUGCCAUCAACGCCGGCCUUCGUGCCCUCGACCGAUCUGGCAAGCCCUGUCGCAAAUGGAGCAAAAAGCCCUUCAUCCUCAAGAGUUUCACUGGAGUGGUUUGGGAACUUGACUCAUGGCGAGGGACAGAGAGACCACAAGUGCUCAAUAGUGAAGAGUCAAGCGAUACCAAGGAAAUCUCACAGCAAAGUUCCAGCGACAUUAAACUUAACGAAAGUGACGUUGCCAUGGAGAGCAAUGCUGGCGACCAAGCAGAUCCCAUGCUCAUGUCGACGCCCGCCGCCAGUUCUCCAGCACCGAUGCCACCCUCAUCAGCAGCCAUUGCUGCUCAAGGUUGA